AUGAAAGUUAAUGACUCAAUUAUUUCUCCUGAUUUAUCGUGUGAUUGUUCCCAUGCCAAAAAGCAUGAUGCUACUUUGAAUUUACAUAAUUACAAAUCAAUUCACAAUAGUCAAAUAGUUAAUAAUGAAGAUAAAGCAGAAUGUGGAAGUAAUAUUAUAGGCAAUAAUAAUGCACAACUGUUUCACUUAAAGGUAUCAGAUAAUUCAAAGAACAUUGAUCCUUAUUACAAUGAUAAUAAUUUGAUUGAUUAUAAUAGUCCAACAAAAGUUAACCAAUACAAAACUAAUUUAUAUAGUCAUAAAAAUUCUAGCAUUAAUCAAUUAAAACAUGAAUAUCCAAAUCAUUUUACUUGUAACUAUAAUGAAAGUUCAAAGGAGAAUGAAACUUCGACUAAAAACAAUAAACUUGAAGAAUACCAAUUACCUGAGAAGAACGCGGAAAGUAACUAUGAACAUGGUAACGAUGAAUCAUAUGAAGAAAAAACAAAGUAUAAUAAAAAAAAAAGUAGCUUUAAUGAAAUUAAUACAAAAAAUAAUAAUUAUCUUAAUUAUCAAUACGGUUAUAAUGAUAAUGGUAACAAUAAAAAUAUUGAUAAUAAGAAUUUUGACCUUUUUCAUAAUAACAGUAUUAAUAAUAAACAUUAUAAUACAAAUAAUUAUAAUAUAAAUAAUAAUAAUAUUAACAAUUAUAAGAAUAAUAAUGUUAAUAGCAAUAAUAAUAACGAAGUUUUUUAUGAAAAUACCAAUAAUAUUUAUCAAUAUUCUAGAGAUAAACAAAAUAAUUAUGAAAAAAAUGUAAGUGAUUUAAAUAAUGAAAAAUCUCUUAAUUCUAAUAUGCACAAAAAAAUACUAAAAGAGAAUUUUCCUUGUGAAAAAAGCAUAGACUCUGGUUUUCAGAAAAGUAAUGUAAAUUAUGAUGAAGAAAUAAAAAGUUUAAGUAGAUUUACAAUAGAUGAAUUGUAUGGAAAUGCUACUAUUAAUAGAGAGAGAAAUAUGAAUCACACGAAAAUAUUUGAUUAUGUUGAAUCUGACAAUGAUAAAAAGAAUAAACAAAAAAAUAUGAGAAACACUUUUGUUCCUAAAUAUAAAAAUUUAUCAGCAAAAGAAGUGCAUUAUAAUAGCUUAUCUGGUAAUGAUAACAUAACUGUUUUAGCUGCUAAUAAAAUAAAAAUAGAUUUGAAUAAGUUAUCUGAAAAAAAUAAAGAUACUUUACCAAAUGUAUAUCCAUUUAAUUUGUCCAAAGAUUUUAAAAAUGAUAAAAAUAAGGAAAAUAAAGCUCAUUUAGAAAAAUUAUAUCCAACUAAUUAUAAUUAUAUAAACAGUUAUAAUAAUAAUUCUGAUAUAUCAUUGGAACAAAGAAGAUAUAAUAUGCAUUCAAGUCAUAUAUUUGAUUGUUAUUAUGAUACCAAAGAAGGGAACUUUGAAAAAUUUAGAAAUGAAACAAAUAUGCCGUAUAAACAUAAAGAAGAUAUAGAAAAAGUAGAUAUUGAAAAAGAAGAAAAGAGAAAGUUAAAUCCAAUGUAUAGUGAUUUGUUUGGUAGGAAAACACCUGAUAUAAAUCAAAACGCAAAUUAUGAAAAAAUAAUGCCAACUACUAUGAAAAUUAAUUGGAUGCAUGAUACUAGAGAUACAAAAAGAUAUUCAGAAUUAAAUUGUAAAUCACCGGACAACUUAGAAUAUAAUGGAACGGAAAAAUUUCAUAGAAAAUCAUAUUUUGAUAAAGAUGGAUAUGAUAACAAAAAACGACUUCAAGAAGCUAUACAAAAAGGUUCAAAAAUUUCAUUACAAGCACAUUUACAAUCAACUCUGCAAAGUGAAAAUAAUUAUAAUCCAAGUGAUUAUAAUAACGUUGAGGCAUUUUAUUUAUCUUUAAGUAAUAUAAGUGAUUCUAUUAGUGAUGAAGAAAUUAAAAAAGUCGUAAAAAAUAGUAAUGCACACAUAGUGUCUUAUGAAUCGGAAUAUGAUUUAUUAAGUAACAAAAGAAAAAAUAAUGCAAAAUUAUGCAUAAGACACAAUAAGGGGAAACAAGGGUUAACCUCAUUAAUAAAUUUAUUAUCACAAUUGGAUAUUAAAGUUACAGUUUUAUAA